AUGACGCUUGAUUUUCAAAGACCUUGGCUUUCCAAUGGCCCUGUAAAGAAACAGACAGUAGAUCAAAUUCUCCAGUCAAAUGGACCGCGAUCUCCAACCGGUAGCUCUUCUGGAUCCACAGGUUCGUUGGGAACUGGAUCUCACGAAUACGAAUACAGGGACAGACUCAGAACCUGGCUCGAAAAAAUGAUCGAUGGCGGCGAUGUUCCAGGACUGACUUGGCUGAACGAAGAUAGGACGAUAUUUCGAAUGCCGUGGAAGCAUGCUGGAAGACAGGAUUACAACCUCGAAGAUUCUAAGAUCUUCAUGGAGUGGGCGAAGCAUUCGGGGCGGUACAGAGAAGGAGUCGAUAAGCCCGAGCCCAUCGUUUGGAAAACUCGUCUUCGCUGCGCUCUCAAUAAAAUGCCUGACAUUCGCGAAUUACCCGACCUGUCGCGGCUGGACAUUUCUGACCCGUACCGUGUAUAUGAGCUGCUCCCCGCAGUCCACAAAGGCUCCGAAGACAAGAUUCGCCGCCGAGUCUACAAAAGAGAGCGACUUUCUGAAACUUUCGACCCUUCCGAAUCUCUUCCAAAACAAUCGAGAAUCCACACGGCGCAGAAAACACCCGCUCAUGGCCUGAUCAUGCCGACCUUUUACACCAGCGAGCCGGAAAGAGCAGGAACUGGCAGUCAAAAACGACUGGAAAGAACGGGUUCGGUCGGACAAGGCUCCAACGAGUCUGAUUCUGCCGAAUCGACGGAGAUCAAGUUUUCCAAAAACUUGAGCAUCGAGCGAAUUUUACCGACGACUCCACAUCUUCCACAAGCUCUUUUAUCGACUUCCACACAACAUCAAGCGAUGCUGACAUCAAAUUGGCUGGCCGCAUUAAUCCACUGCUCGCCGGCGAUCCGCGCCGACCCGCAUCUCUACAAUUCCCUCUGUACCAUCGCGGCACAGGCAGCGUCUUCUGAAAACUUGCUGCAUCUUCAAAACCAACAAAUUCGACGACUCGAAACGGAGAAAUCGUUUUGGAACGACACGAGACUCAAUUUGGAGGGAAAAAUUUCGAUUCUUGAAGAUUUGAACAGAAAAAAAGACGAAGAACUUUGCAGAUUUGGGACACUCCUUUCAGCUUCUCGAAACUCUUCAAACGAAGGCAAAAAUCAACAAUCAGAAGAAAAUCAGGAGACAACAAGGAAGACCCCCUCUUCAAACUCCUCCGAAAAGUCGGAAAGUCUCCAAAAUCCAUCUUCUCCGGAAAUCUACGCCCCCAAGAUUUUGCAAAUGGCGAGUCCAUCGUCCGAUUCCGGCCACUCCGAAUCGGAAAUCGCCCAUUCCUAUUCCGAAGAAAUCGACAUCACGUGUUAA